GCAGCUGCGAAUUAAGAAUGUCGCUAUUGUAUAAAAUGCGGCGAUUUAUUCUACUAUUUGUGGUGAUUUUGUUAAUAUUGGAUAGCACAAGCGAGGCCAGGAAACGGAAACGACGUAGAUCGUUGUCAAGGCGACCGAUACAGCUCGGAAAAUCCACAGUGAAUAUUUUAUUCGUCCAAACAACAAGCGUUAAGGUGGGAUUCUCAUACGUACAGGGAGCGAAAAGAUAUCUGGUGACAGCCCGAGAAUGGGUCGAUGGAAAAAGGGCGGGAAAUGUUGCUUCGACGACAAAUGUGAACGAUCAAGCCAGAUCCGCUACCCUACAGAAACUUAUGCCAGGACGUGAAUACAUUCUCAUUGUGCAAGGACUCGGCGGGUUCGGCGAAAAGAUCGGAGAAAUCGCACAAACGGUCGUCCGGAUGUCGCAGCAAUGCUACGUUUGCAAUGGAGAGAUAGACAACAAGGCAUGCAGAGGAAUGAAAAACACCAUCAAAUGCCCUCACGACAAGGAUGCCUGUCUGAACGAAGUCCGAUACUCGAAAGGAGUUCCCAAGAUAACCAAACGUUGCGCCCAGUGGAGACCCGAACUCGGAAAGCAGAUACAGAAUGGGAGAGACAUCACGAAGGCUUGUUCUGGAAGGGAAAACAUUAAAGACGUCGCUUGCAAGUGUAUGUGCCGAAGUAAUCUAUGCAAUGAAGUUGAAAUGCCUUGUCUACACGAAUGUUUCAAGGAGCUCCCUCUGCCUGAAUAUAGUUAUAUUAAAUGUUCGGACGGCGUGAACGUUGGAUCGAAAUGUCGAUGGAUCUGCCUGCCUGGCUACAAAGUUAAAGGAACAAGAAUCUCUGAAUGCAGGAAUGAUAGAACAUGGAGUGUACUCGCCCCACCUGAAUGCGUCCCUGAUGAAAACUAUAUCAGACGAACGAACAAUGAAUGCCCGCUCCUCGAACCUCCUGAAAACUCAAUGAUCACGUGCGAUAACCAGAACCAGCCAGGAUCAACCUGCCAGUUCAGCUGUAUGGAAAAUUACUUUGUGCAAGGCAGCGUCACCAGGACUUGCGACGGAGCAACCAGCAAAUGGACAGGAGAGAAGCCGAUGUGCGAGGAGAUUCGUUGCGCAAAGAUACCGGAUACGGGUGGACUGAUGAAGGAAUGCACAGCCAAUGAGACGAUUGGUUCCAUCUGUGAUUUAUCCUGUCCAAUAGGAAGAAAGUUUGUUGGGAAGAGUCGUCUCACCUGCCUGUCUGGGGGGAGAUGGUCGGCUGCUAUUCCACGAUGUACAACUCCCGACUGCUCCGUUGAGCCAAAACCUUUCCCAAAUGUCCUGAUGGAAUGCGGGCCAAUACCUUCGCAGAAAAAAGGGAAGGUUUGUCAAUUUUCAUGCGAGGAAGGAUACACAAGAAGUGGCGCACAGAACAGUUACUGCUACUCCGGCAAUAGUUGGACAAACAACUCGCCGACUUGUAAAAGAAUCACAUGUCGACCCACUAUGUACGCUCCCCCGAAUGGAUUCGUGCGAUGCAGUGAUCGUAGUUUCUACGGUUCAGAAUGUGUGUUCUCCUGCGCUGAUGGGUAUAUGCGACAUGGCAGGGAAUCUGUCGUCUGCGGAAAUAGAGGGAAAUGGUCAAGCAUGGACCUUCCAGUGUGCAAAAAAAUCCAGUGUCCAAAGAUCCAACGUUUCAACGGGCUCUACUCCUGCAACAACGGCCAGAACCUCGGUAGCGUUUGCAGGUUUUCGUGCAAGAGAGGGUUCGGCUUCAGGCAAGAAACGGUGACAAAAUUGAAAUGUGUCUCGAAAAAUUUGGAAGAAAUUGAGACAUCGAAAUCUGAUUACACGGGCAAAUGGGAUGCGCCGAUACCCGAGUGCUUUGCUAUCAAAUGCCUACCACUGGGCACAGCACCGGAAUUCUCAUCUGUGCAAUGUCUUGGGAAACCACCUUACAGAGCAGUUGGAACGAGUUGUACCUACAGAUGCAAAGCUGGGUACAACAUUGUGGGUUCGGCUCGAACAACCUGUGUUGGAAGAUCAGACGGAACUUCGUUGGGUGAUUGGAGUUCGCCUCCCCCUUUUUGUCAACGUGUAACAUGUGAGAUAUUGCCAGAACUCAAAUUCGGAACAGUGGGAUGCACAGAAGAUUUCUACGCAGGAUCCAAAUGCACUGCAGAUUGCGACUACGGACGAGUCGUCUCGGGAAAGAAGACAGUGUCUUGUCGUGUAGAUGGAACAUGGUCCAGCAAAUUGCCUUUCUGUAAACAGAUAACCUGCGAGUCUCUGCCGACGCUGAAGAACGGUCUCUACAACUGCGGUAAAUUCAAGAGAUAUACCUUCAACCAUGAGUGCGAGGCUAAAUGCAACACUGGAUUCGAAUUAUCUGGACCUGGAGCAGCGGUUUGCGGAAUCGCAGGCAAUUGGUUGACAUCGAAUGAACUGGAAUGCACAGAUAAGAACGAGUGCAUUGAAUUAGACAAGGAAGGCAAUCCAACCAACGGAGGAUGCGAGCAUUACUGCGUGAACACGGUCGGUUCGUACGAAUGUCAAUGCGACGAGAAUUAUCAACUGAACUCAGAUGGAAAGACUUGCAGAAUUCUUAUUUGCCCCACAUUGGAGGCGGUGCAGAAGGGCCGAGUCGCUUGUACGAACACGAAUCGAAUUGGUUCAACUUGCACGCUUCGAUGCGUUCCUGGAUUCGCUGUCACAGAUACUCGCAACGUCACGUGUUUGAAGAAAGGCAAAUGGGACAAAGACAUGGGAACGUGCACAAGAAUCUCUUGCCCUGAUAUUUCCAUUCCUGAGUCCGGGUUCAUGAAGUGCGCACAAGGAUUCAAGUUCGGUUCGGAUUGCGUGUUUGAAUGCAUCCCUGGGUUCCGACUCGAGGGAAAAAGUUCGACCCGAUGUGGCGCUGAUGGGCAAUGGACUUCACCUGUCCCGACCUGCACAAAGAAAGUUUGCGACCCAGCGUUCCUUUCCAUACUGAACAUGAUCGUUGAAUGCAGCGACGGAAACCGAUUUGAAUCGAUGUGCAUCGCGAGAUGUGAUGAAGGGUACGAACUAGAUAUAAAGGGCCAGACAAAGCCAGUGUUCGUAACGAAAGUGCAUUGUCUUCAAGAUGCGACCUGGAGUUCAAGUAAGCCUAAAUGUAUCAGGAAGCGAUGCGAACCUCGGUUUGAUGAACUCGCCUGGACUCGUCGAAAUGGAACCAUAGCAUGUACGGACGAGGACUGGUUAGGAUCAACGUGUGAGCUCAGCUGUGACAAAGGUUAUAAAGUCAAAGGCCCAUUCAGAGUAACUUGCGGAGGAGACGCGGUUUGGAAUAAAAAACUAGGAAAAUGCACAAAGGUUCAAUGUCCACCUUUGGAAGCGCCAUCUAACGGAGAAAUUUUCUGCACCGAGGCAGCAUCAUAUCAAUCGAAAUGUUCAUUCUACUGUAACGAAGGAUACCAGCUUGUAGGGGAAGCGGAAACGAUAUGUCUGCACGAUCGUUCAUGGACAGAAAAGACUCCGUCAUGCGAACGCAUCAUCUGUGAAAAGUCUUUCAUGAAACUGCUGAAAGGAACCGUGGCAUGCACUGACGACACCUACUUUGGUUCAACAUGCGAAUACAAGUGUGAUCCCGGGUAUGAGUUCAUCGACACGGAAACUGAUAUCCGGAAGUCGUUCGGAGCAGGACUUGACGAAGGAAUCUCAUAUGACAUUCUCAAACUCAGUUGCUUAGCAACCGGGAAAUGGGGCAACACGAAACCAGCUUGCCAGAAACAUAAAUGUAUUCCACCGAGUGCUGUCCUGAGAGAGGCGGAACCGAACGGAAACAUUUUGUGUUCGCAUGGUGAUGAGUUUGAAUCUGUCUGCGAACUUGCGUGCAACAAAGGAUACGAAGUCACGGAUGGCAGAGCCUCGACAAUGUGCGGGGACGACAGGACUUGGACACCCAGGCUUGGAACUUGCCAACGUAUCCGGUGCGCCAUGUUCGAACCUCUGUUAAACGGAGCCGUCCAAUGUUCCGCUUCCAACCGCUAUCAAUCAAGAUGCCUGUUCGGCUGCUUCCCCGGGUACAAAUUGGUCGGAACUCCCGUUUCUUUCUGUCAGUAUGAUCGCAAAUGGACAAAGAAAGCUCCAAGAUGCGAAAAAAUAUUCUGUCCCAUGACUCACACCAAGCUUAUUGACGGUAGCGCUACGUGCACAGAUGGAGCUAGGUACGAGUCGGAAUGCACCUACGUGUGUGAUGCAGGGUAUGAGAUGGUGUUUGGAGGCUCUGUCCUGGAAGAGAAGGAGAGCGUUGUGCUGAGAUGCCAGUUCAAUGCAAAAUGGGGAGGAAAGCUGCCAGUGUGUCAGAGAAAACAGUGCUCUUUGCAUGAUGGAGCACUUGCUAAGGCAAGAUUGAACGGCAAAGUAACCUGCACUGAAUCGUUCUGGUACAAAUCUGAAUGCACAGUUGAAUGUAACGUCGGAUACAAGCUCAUUGGUUCAGCUUCAACAAGAUGUAACGAGGACGCUGAUUGGGAACCCGCAAUUGGAUUCUGCGAACGACGAAAGUGCAAAGUAAUCAAAGUCCCAUCUCAUGGAUCGAUGGAAUGCACAAACGCGAACAAGUUUGAAUCUGUCUGCAGUUUCAAAUGCGACUACGGAUACGAAUUGUUCGGAAUGCAAGAGACAGAAUGCCUGGCUACCGAGACUUUCUCCAAACCCCCACCGUCCUGCAGAGAAAUCAUCUGUCCGAAGAACUUUUUGAAUGUUCCCAACGGUAAGGUGUCUUGUACGAACGAUAACAAACUUGCUUCACGAUGCAUGUACAAAUGCGAUGUUGGUUAUCAACUCACAACGGAAAGCGUGGACGUCGUUGAAUGCCUGGAGACUUACACAUGGGAUGAAGAGAAGCCAAAAUGUGAAAGAAAGAUCUGCCCACAAGGCUAUGCAACUCUGAUUCGAGCAGCGGAGCAUGGUACAUUGACCUGCACUAACAGCAACAAAUAUCAGUCGAUAUGUUCAGUGACUUGCUACCCCGGGUACAAACUGACUGAGGGCGGCGCGUUCACUGAAUGCAGAGCGGACCAAGAAUGGGGACCUGACCUAGGAUAUUGUACAAAGAUCAUUUGUGAAGAGUUCAAACCGCUCGAGAACGGAAGGAUCGAAUGUAGCGAUGGACUUCGAUUUGAAUCAGUUUGUUUGUUUUCAUGCGAUCCUGGGCAUGAGGCCACUCACAACAAGUCAUCCACUUGCCUAGCUGAUAAAAAGUUCAGUCAGAAACCACCAAAAUGCAAAAAGAUCGCAUGUCCAAGCUACCACAUGCGAAUAACGAACGGGAAAGUACAUUGCACGAAUGGAAACACGUUUGGAUCGGUUUGCAAAUAUGAAUGCGACGACGGGUUUGAACGAGUGACCGGGUCCGCAUCCGCUCAAUGCUUGUCGGACAGAACAUGGGACGCUGAUAAGACUGGAUGCGAGAGAGUCCAAUGCGAUGGAAGUGAUAUAUUAUUUGUGAAGGCAAGAGAGCACGGGACAGUCACCUGCACAAGUUCGUAUUUCUACCAAUCAGUUUGCUCAUUGAAAUGCGACAAAGGUUACGAGUUGUCAGGAAUGACAGUUGGAACUGUUGAAUGUAAUGAGUUUGCGCAAUGGGAUGGCGAACUGGGAUAUUGCUCAAGGAUCCAAUGCCCUGCAUAUAAAGCUCCAGACAACGGCGAUAUGUCAUGUACUCUUGGUAACGAGUACGAAUCUGAAUGUGUGUUCACUUGUCAUUCUGGGUAUGAAAUGAUAGGAAACCCCAAGACUACUUGCCUACACAACAAACUGUGGACCAAUAAGAGACCGGCAUGCGUCAAGGUGACAUGCUCAACAACAAACCUCUUCCUCGAUCACGGAAGCGCAAACUGUACCGAAGGAAACAAAUAUUUGUCUGUUUGUUGGUUCAAAUGCGAUCCUGGAUACGAAAUGGACGAAGACAUUCCCAAUGCAAUGUGCGGGGCUUCCAAGGCAUGGACAAGAAACAAACCAACUUGUGUGAAGAGGGAAUGCAACUUUGGAGAAGGAAUGAUAACGAGAGCACUUCAGAACGGCGCAAUAGCCUGCACAGACGGUGUCAGAUAUGAGUCAGUUUGUUCCUUAGCCUGCGAUGAAGGCUACAAGCUCACCGGUGGAUCAGGACAGAUUGAAUGCACAGAGACCGCCACCUGGGACAAACGGUUGGGACAUUGUGAAAGGAUCACCUGCAAAGAUUUAAAACCACCCCAAAACUCGAAGAUGGAUUGCACGAAUGACAACAAAUACGAAUCAAUUUGUGCUUUCAUGUGCGAUGAUGGGUACGAAUUAGAAGGCGAAAGCGAAUCAACAUGCUUAUCGAACCGAAAAUUCUCGAAUCCAGAACCGAAUUGUCUCAAAACCAAAUGUACAGAGGACUACCUGAUGCUACCAUUUGGUUCCGUCAUGUGCACAGACUUGAAUUUCUUCAAGUCAGUUUGUAAGUUCGAAUGCGAGAAAGGUUACAAGAUGGCGUUGAAGGAUCAGAACGUGGUGAAGUCAGAAUGCUUGAGCAAUCAGACAUGGUCUCUUGAAAUACCGAUCUGUGAGAAGAAAACUUGCGCGUAUGAUGCCCCGCAUUUGUUAAAGGCACUUGAGCAUGGUGACAUAGAAUGCACAGAAGCCAACAGGUAUGGUUCAGUAUGUUCCUUGAAUUGUGAUGUAGGCUAUGAACUUACUGGCAGACCAAAGACUGAAUGCACAGAGAAAGCUGAAUGGAGCAAUGAUAUCGGAUAUUGCAAAAAAAUUGUAUGCAGAGGUCUCGACACUCCCAGCUCAGCGAUCAAGUCUUGCACAGAUGAUGAAUUCUAUAAUUCAACCUGUACGUUUGCUUGCGAUGGGGGAUACAGAUUCACUGAGGAAGAUUUUGUCGUUGAAGAUGAAAUCACAUUGACAUGUCUUGCAACAAGAACCUGGACAUCACCCGGUGGCCCGCCUAUGUGCACAAGAGAGAAAUGCCCUGAUGAGUUCCUCACAUUGGAAAAUGGGAACAUCACAUGCACAGAUGGUUCAUUCUACGGAUCCCAAUGUCUCUUCACCUGCCAUGAUGGAUAUGAGCUUGUCAACCCGGUGGAUGAUUUUGACGUCACUUCCGUCAUUGUAUCCUGUGAUUCAGAUGAAAAGUGGGACACUAACAUACAGCCAGAGUGUAGAAGGAUUGUUUGUGACCCGAACAUGCAGGAGAAAAAUGAGGAAAUGAUCCAUGGUGAAAUCAAAUGCACUGAUGGAUCUAACUUCGAAUCAAAAUGUAAGAUCACCUGCCAUAAGGGAUUCCAAGUGGUGGACGGAGACAAAACUACAGAAUGUCUCAGUAGCCGGACAUGGGCACCACUGCUUGGAGUUUGCGACAAAAUUUCGUGUCCUCCCCUGGAAGCUCCAGAUGACAGUACCUUGCUGUGUACAGAAGGUUUCGUGUUCAAAUCCCGCUGUCAAGUUAUUUGUCGACCAGGAUUCCAAAUUUUCGACCCCGAGAACGAUUAUGACGAUGAAGUAGGAUUAGAAUGCAAAGCUGAUGGAAAUUGGUGCGGUGAUGCACCGACAUGCGCAAGAGUGAAAUGCCCCGAGGAAAAUCUCUCAUUAGAAGGUGGAUUCGCAAAGUGUACGAAUGAGAAUCUAUUCGAAUCUGAAUGCAAAUACAAAUGUGACCGAGGUUACCAGAUGACACAAGGACAGAUUGACACAACGCAAUGUACGGCUCAUAUGACUUGGACAAACCCUAAGCCUACAUGCGAGAAACGACGAUGCCCAGCUGAUGAUUCAAGUUUUAAAGAGGCACAAGAAAACGGUGAAAUUGGUUGCUCUGAUGAGAAUAAAUUUGAUUCUGUUUGCGGCCUUGCGUGCGUGCAAGGAUACGAACUUACCGGAGAACCAAACGCUACGUGCAUGCACACUGGUGACUGGAGUAACGGCCUUGGACUUUGCAACAGGAUUUAUUGCAACGAAGUUAAAGCGCCUGCAAAUGCAGUAAUGAAAUGCACGAACAAUAACCGAUACGAAUCUUUCUGCACCUUCGCCUGCAAGACAGGAUACAUGCUGACUGAAUCCUCUCUAAAGGCAGGAAAUGGAAUCGUUUGCGAAGCUGAUAAAUCUUGGGGAGGCGAAGUUAUUCACUGCGAAAAGAUUACGUGUCCGGCAGCUGGAUUCGACACAAUCGAGAACGGUAAAGUGACCUGCAAUGACAGCAAUUACUUCACGUCCAGGUGUUUGUUUGAGUGCGACGGCGGGUAUGAGCUGGCGGAGCAGAUUGACCCCAAUGAUCCGACAACGGUUUUAGUAAACUGCACAGAACUUGGGUAUUGGGACGUACAGACACCUCCAAAGUGCAAGAAAGUGAAGUGUGAACCCUCAGCUGAACUGUUGCAAGAGGCAUUGGAGAACGGCGUAGUCCGCUGUAGUGAAAGAUCAGAUUUUAAAUCUGUCUGUAAAGCAAAAUGCAACAAUGGAUUCGAACUUGUUGGAGGUGAAUCAACCACCACAUGCACAAGUAAUAUGAAAUGGGGACAAAAGCUCGGAAAAUGUGAAAAGAUCUCGUGCGGGCCAUUGCAGAAACCGAAGAACUCACAGAUGGUUUGCGACGACGGAUUCCGUUUCAUGUCUCAAUGCGAUAUUCAAUGCUUGCCUGGAUAUGACAGUAUUCUUUCGAAGAAGAACAAGGAUGGAAUCGCAACUUGCAGAGCUGAUGGGAACUGGGAAGGAAAGCCGCCUAUAUGCAAAAAAUUAGCUUGUGAUUCAUCGUACAUGAAACUUAGGAGAGGAAAAGUCACUUGUUCAGAGAGAUAUUUAUACAAUUCUGAAUGUGAAUACACAUGUGAUUCGGGAUUCGAACUCGUAGACUCAGGUUCAAACUUUGCCAGAUGCACAGAGAAUGGAACAUGGAGCAUACCACGACCGGAAUGCAAAGUAAAGACAUGUGAAUCAGCGUACGCAGCAAACGGGUACAUGAACUGCUCAGGGUCAGCCUACAACGCAGUGUGCAAGCUAUCAUGCGGGCACGGACACAUUCUAAAAGGAUCGGACUUCAGCACAUGCAGAGAUGCAAAGAACGGCGAAACUAAAUGGACUCCUCCGAUCGGAGAGUGCGAGAAGGUUCGAUGUCCACUUGUGCCUGAGAUUGCAAACGGUGACGCAAAAUGCAGCGACAGCAACAAAUACCGCUCUCUCUGCUACGUGAACUGUCAUCGCGGUUUUGAAGUCAAGGGCAUAUAUUUCUCCACUAGAUGUCUCAGUGAUGGAACGUGGUCACGAGAAUUCCAGCAAUGCGAACGAGUUACUUGUGAUCCGAGUUACUUAUAUGUUGAAUAUGGAAGUGGGACGGCGACGGACGGAAAUUAUUACAAGUCGACGGUGACGUACUCGUGUCCGAAACACGGUCAUAAAUUUACUGGGCGUUCGGGCGUGACUUGUCUUUUGAAUGGGAAAUGGACAGGACAGAAACCGAGAUGCGAAAAAUUCACAUGUCCUCCGAUCAACCUGCCCAACGGUCAAGUAAACUGCACAGGGAUACGACACAAUGAUUACCAGUCCAAAUGCAGCUACACCUGCAACACAAACUAUGAACGAAUCGGAAGUGAAACAACAGAGUGUCAGCUGGAUGGGACAUGGACUAAUUCACCGCCAUAUUGUAAAGGACACUGCGACAUCAAAUUCAAAACCCUUGAACACGGAGGAGUCGAAUGUACGAACUCACAUUACCAGCACAGUAGAUGCAGAUUCUGGUGUGAUGGACAGACAGACGACAUCAUGACCGCCAAAUAUUCGCUGUUUGGAAACGAUUUCCUGACUUGCACAGAAGAUGGCCAUUGGGAUGGAAUGCCACCAUGCUGCGCACAAAACUGUCCACCGUGGGGUAAAAUGGAUUUGUUUUUCGUGUUCGAUUCCAGCUCGAGUGUCGGAUGGCAAAACUGGAAACGGCUGCUGGAUUUUGCUAACCAGAUCCUUGGCAAUUUCCACAUCGGUGAAGACAACGUUUUAGCCGGUGCAGUGAGAUACAACCGAGAUGUCGACUCCAAGAACGAGCUUCCGAUUGGAAAAUAUAAGACGAGAGAAUUGCUGACAAAUGCAAUCAAAUUCACACAUUUCGGAGGAUGGGGAACAAACACUGGAAAAGCGCUGAAUCAUGUCGCAGAAGAGAGUUUGAAAAAACCUGGCAACCGUCCUGAUGUUGCUGAUGUCGUCAUACUUUUCACUGAUGGCGUCAGUCAAGAUGACGUCAAAGAAGCAUCUCAAAAAUUGAAGGAAAAUAAUGCAACGGUUCAUGUUGUUGGAAUCGAAGGAUCAACUGGGCAGCUUGAUUUGGACCAAAUGAAGACCAUAGCUAGUGAGCCCCCACAGAAGCAUAUCGCCAUCAUACGAGGAGGCUUUGACAGACUCACAGCAGAACUCAGCAGUAAACUCGGGAAACAAGUUUGCCAGAACCCUUGUCUGUUAAACCAAGAAUAUCGAAUGCAGUCGGAGAGUUAUAUUAGGAGACACGAAAGCAAGACUGAUAAAGUUUUGAAGAAAUCUGAUCUAUUAAUCUAAUCAUCUUUGUAAAAAUUGCUUUUGUCUUGAAUUUAUAGCGAGAACUAUUUCCUUUAUUUUAAUAACGUUAACGCGCCAAAUGAAAGAUAAUAUAAUGUGUACCCAUAUGUUCGUGCGUAAAUCAUUUACGUUGAAGUUACAACAUUUGUCUUUACGUUUAUUACGUAGGGGAAAAUUACGCAAGAUCACGCAACGACACGUCCUUUUACAUGCGGAGUCUCCGCAUACGUCCAAAUGCUUAUAUUUGAAAUAAUACGGUAUCCCGAGUACCUAAGUGUAGAUAACGCAAAUAAAACACUUCCUUGCUGGAAUCAAACAAUUUAGUUGGGUAGUUUUGAUUUUGUUAUUUAACCCAUGUAUAAUAGUAUCGACCUAUUUUUCAAGUAUUUUCAAAAACUAUCAUGAGAACACCACGAGAAUUGAAUAUUUCAAAUUAACCAAUUUGCUUUAUAAAUCUUGGCUGAAAAGAAUGUUGACAUAGUUGUUCUCAAAAAUAAUUCUGAUAUUGAAAUCCUCAUUUGAGGUAUCGGGCCCUGCUGUGCUGUUUUAUGCUUCGUUAUUCUACUAGAACUUUUAAAGUAUUGAAAUAUGUACUAUGUAGACUGAUUGAAACGUUUCCUAUUUAUUCUUGUCUGGUAACUUUACAUAAUGUCAAAUAGCCUUAGCCCAUAUCUAAUGUUAGGCUAUCGAGAGUCGGAAACGUUUUUGUCUACAGGCCUACUUAGAGGGUCUGAGCUUUAUUCGGCAGGAAGGUAGGAAAUGUCUUUUAGAAAUAUAUUUAGUAACGUUUAGUUUUUUGUUUAAUAUUGUGACCCACGUUAAGCUGUUUUAUCAUUUUCUUAGCUUUGCUUUGUUUUGUUACUUUAAGCAACAAUAAAUAAUGUUCAUUAAGUUUCAAA